AUGGCGGCUCUUCAAGCUUCCCUUUCGACCAUCUCCAACCCGUCCCUCGCUCUUCAACACACUUUUGUCUCACACGCCAUCGAUACCCAACCGUCCGCUCUAAAUAUUGUUCCACGUCGACUCACCCGCGCUGCUGCUAGCUCAGCAUCCCGCGACGAUGACGUAAAGUCGUCCCAGCUGGACCGCCGGAGCGUCCUGCUGUCAAUGGCUGCCGUGGCGCUUUCUCCCGUAGUAGCCGCUGGUGACGCGUCCGCCAUAACCGUUCCGAAGCAGGUUGGAGCGUUCCUGCCGAAGUCAGAGGAUGGCGAGUUUGUCGUGUUCACUCCGGGAAUGAAGGACACGCCUGCUCUUAGAGCAGGUAACGUGUCGCCCUACACGUUCAACAUCCCACCCACGUGGACUCAGUCGCGCAUCGCCAACAUCCUCUCAGGCAACUACUGCCAGCCCAAGUGCGCGGAGCCAUGGAUUGAAGUCAAGUUCGAGGACCCUAAGGAGGGCUUGCUGCAGGUGGUGGCAUCCCCAAUGGUGCGCCUGACCAACAAGCUCGAGCUGCCUAUUGAGGAGAUCGGCACGCCAGAGCGCAUUAUUGCAGCCCUCGGCCCGUUUGUCACGGGCGACUCGUAUGACCCGGAUGAAGUCAUCGACACGAGCAUUCGCAAGGAGGGCGGCCAGACGUACUACGAGUAUUAUUUGGAAACGCCCUACGCACGCUCGGGAGCCUACAAUCUGGCCUCUGCCACGGCCAAGGGCAGCACAGUGCUGCUGCUGGUGAUCAGUGCAAAUGACAAGCAGUGGGCUUCGGGUGAAGCCAAGCUUAGAAAAAUGCUCAAGUCCUUCAGUGUGCGCUUCAACUGUCUCUCUGAUCUGCACACUCUAUCCUCUCCCUGUUCGCCCCAAUCUCCACACUUCCUUCCCACUCGCCCUACUUUCCACUCUUCGCACUCAUCCCACUCUCCCCUUCCCCCGCUCAUCCCACUCUCCCCUUCCCCCGCUCAUCCCACUCUCCCCUUCCCCCGCUCAUCCCACUCUCCCCUUCCCCCGCUCAUCCCACUCUCCCCUUCCCCCGCUCAUCCCACUCUCCCCUUCCCCCGCUCAUCCCACUCUCCCCUUCCCCCGCUCAUCCCACUCUCCCCUUCCCCCGCUCAUCCCACUCUCCCCUUCCCCCGCUCAUCCCACUCUCCCCUUCCCCCGCUCAUCCCACUCUCCCCUUCCCCCGCUCAUCCCACUCUCCCCUUCCCCCGCUCAUCCCACUCUCCCCUUCCCCCGCUCAUCCCACUCUCCCCUUCCCCCGCUCAUCCCACUCUCCCCUUCCCCCGCUCAUCCCACUCUCCCCUUCCCCCGCUCAUCCCACUCUCCCCUUCCCCCGCUCAUCCCACUCUCCCCUUCCCCCGCUCACCCCACUCUUUGCCUCACCUUCCAAGUCCUUGCUCUGCUGAGUUGGUUGAACAAAUGAUGCUGGUCUAA